UAGGAGACUCGCGCAGGUCGGUGGCUCAGUGACGGUGUGCGCGCGGGUCAGCAUGAGGAGCGCGAGGACGCUGCGGCAGGUCCAGGUGGCCGUGACGGUGCAGCGGAGCCUUCAUCACCAGCAUCCUCCUCCUCCUGCGCGCUCCGCGGGGAUCGUCGGAGCUCCUUUCUGCAAGGGACAGUCCCGAGGAGGCGUGGAGGACGGACCGGAGCGGAUCCGAACCGCGGGCCUGCAGAGGCGGCUGCAGCAGCUGGGCUGUGCAGUGAAGGAUUAUGGGAACCUGACGUUUGAGGACAUGUCCCCGGACGAGCCCAUGGGCUUGCUGAAGAGCGUGAGGGCGGUGGGCGCCGCCAACCAGAAGCUGUCAGAGGCGGUGCGAGCGGUGAAGGAGGAUGGGCACACGGCGGUGAUGCUGGGCGGAGACCACAGCCUGGCGAUCGGUUCCAUCCACGGGCACUCUGCGGCGGUCGGGGAGCUGAGCGUCGUGUGGGUGGAUGCUCACGCUGACAUCAACACGCCGCUGACCACGUACACGGGGAACAUCCACGGGCAGCCGGUGUCCUACCUGCUCCAUGAACUGCGCUCAAAGGUUCCCGUCUUACCGAACUUCUCCUGGCUGAAGCCGUGCGUGUCCGCCGCCGAUGUGGUCUUCAUCGGGCUGAGAGACGUGGAUCCAGCAGAGCACUACAUCCUGAAGAUGCUGGGUGUGAAGACGUUCUCCAUGAGUGAGGUGGAUCAGCUCGGCGUGGCCCGCGUCAUGGAGGAAACGUGUGAUUACCUGUCCGCCAGAGGGAAGAAACCGAUUCACCUCAGCUAUGACAUCGAUGCCAUCGACCCCUCUGUUGCCCCAGCAACCGGGACGCCUGUAGUCGGAGGACUCACCUACAGAGAGGGCGUCUACAUCACCGAACACCUGUGUCAGACAGGUCUGCUGUCGGCGGUGGACCUGGUGGAGGUGAACCCUCUGAGGGGCCAGACUGAGGAGGACGUCCGCUCCACCGUCAGCACCGCUGUUGAUCUGCUGCUCGGCUGCUUCGGACGCGUCCGCGAGGGAAAUCACCUGCCAGAUUACCGCCUCCCCGAUCCUUAAUGCAGGCCUCUCUGACGGUGCCGCACGACACCGGCACAAAGGGCCAAUCAGAGUUCUCCCUGCAAAACUACAAUCCCACAGUUCCUGCUGUACGAUGUCACUUUUCUGCCUCAAACCAAAGACGUCUUCCUGUGGGUAGGGUAGUCCAUCGCUGAUCAGCUGAUCGAUUGUUUUGUUUUUGAUUAUUAAAUUUAUACAUUUGAA